AAGACAAUACAAUUAGCUUAGAAAAACAGUCUUUCUUCCAUUAUCACCACAAAAGUUACACAAAAAGUUUUUUUUUAUGGAUAAAUUUACCAUUCAAUAAAAAUAUAUAAUAUCACUUCUGCAAGAUCCGCUCGGAUAUUUGAACAGUGAAAUCAAUCAGAUACGAAUUUGGGUUUUUGGUUCUCAGUACAGAUCUCGGGUUUCAUACUUUUGGCCCAUAAAGGAAACCUGAGUGCUAUGUGCUGUGCGAAGCCGUACCUCAGCUCCAGUGAAUCAACCAAUAGAAAGACGUUGCGGCAAGAAAGAAAAGAUAACUAGCCGUAGGAUAUAGAUAUAUCACGCCAAACGAACGGUAAAGAUCUCACGGUAUAUUACUCGUUUCUAUCUUUAUUAAAUACUAUAUUUAUUGAUUUACGCGUCGCUGGAUUUGUAAUUAUCAUCAUUGGUCGUUUUGUUUCGAGAGGUUUCUUCUCCUUUGGUCAAGUCUUCAAGCUAAUCCAAUCUUGAUGGUGAGUAGUUGCGAGCUUUGCUGCGAGAUCGUGAUCGCGAUCCUUCUUCCUCCCGUCGGAGUUUGUCUCAGGCAUGGCUGUUGCACUGUUGAGUUCUUCAUUUGUUUGGUUCUCACUUGUUUGGGAUACCUCCCUGGAAUAAUCUACGCUAUCUACGCCAUCUUGUUCUUGAACCGAGAUGAGUACUUCGAUGAAUACAGACGCCCAAUCUACUACGUUGCUUGAUCAUUGUUCUUGCAUGGAAACAUGUAACAUAUUCGUUACAAUGUGAUCUCUGUAUCUUUUAAUUACCAUUGGACGUUGUGUUAUGCUAUAAAUAUAAUCAUUUAAGACA